CAUACAUUGAUGUCUAGUGAGAACAUAGAUGUUACAAAGAAGAAACAGUAGGCUUUUAAGAUGACAUGGAUAUGCAAACUUUGCAAUUUCAGAGUAGCAACACGUUUAGCACUCCUAAAACAUUACAGAUUGACACAUAUAUUCUCUGGCCAUGGUCAGUCUUUACCCUGCUUGUAUUCAGACUUCCCCAGUGCAUUCAAAUGUUUAAAAUCGCUUCAUGCCCAUUUGUCAAGAGAUCAUUUCCAAACUAAAAAGCCAGGGGAAAAUUCCUAUGCCUUAUUUGUAAUAUAUCUGCUUUUCAGACAGAGAGGCAAUAUUUUGAACACAGUGGAGCUCACCUGAAAAGGCACGAAACUGUUCAUUGCGUUUUUAAAAAUUGUGACUACAGUACCAACAUCUAUUCAACUUUUGCAUCUCAUAAAAGUAGAAAACAUAGUCCUCACUGCCUUCAAGAUUUUGAAAGUACAUUAUUGCAGACAGUUUUAACUAACACAGAGCAAGCUGAUGAAGUAGAAGUAACUCUGUCAGAUGAAGAUGAAGUGGUUUGUUCUGAAACUGUUGUGGAGGUGGAAGAUUCUGUUAAAACCAUUAUUGAUCAUCUUAGUUCCUUGUUACUGAAACUUGACUGCAUCCAUAAUAUCCCUAGUAGGUGCAUAGAUGAUAUUGUUGACGAGCUUCAGUUCAUUAGUUCAUCAGCUUCACUACCUGUAAUCAAAAAUAUUAUCUUGGACACGUUAAAAAAUCACAACUGCAGUCCAGAUUCAAAGUUGGUUACAGAUUUGAUGAACAGUAUCUGCCAACUAAAUCCUUUAAGUGUAGCUUUCUGUAAUGGUGGUUAGGGUUAGAAAAGAAAGAAACCUAUAGUGACAAAAAUCCAGCUAAAAACUGUAAGAAACCAAAAAGAGUGGAAGUGAACUACCUUCCUCCACACCCACAAGGAGAGACAACUGAAAGUUUAGAGAAGGUACGGCUGGAGCUACUUGAAGAUUUUAAAAAGAAAAACAAUGACAGGGUGAUAUUUCCAAAAAUGGCCCAAACGUUCUCCUAUCGAAGACUGGAGGUGGUGACUGGCAGUGCAGCUGCUGAUGACUUCAAAGAAAGGUGGCCAGCACUCUUUACUGAAGCUGGGAUAAAAGAAGAGUUUCGGAGAAUAACCACCAUUCCCCUUGAGCAGACCUUCAUGUUCAGUCUGGACAGUUACACUCCAAAACUGCUUUCUGUAUUUGAGAAGAAGGGUGGUGCUAUUGGGGCAAAACUGAGACCUAUUUUGGACAAGCAGAGACAGGACCAAACAGUUGAGAUGAAACGUGGAGAAGUGAUUCGUGGAUUAAUGCUCUACCUUGGUGAAAAAGAGGAAGAACUCUUUCUAAAUUGCCAGGUGGACAACUUUGAGGACGUUUGGCAGCACAAUAUGAAGAUUGCUGUUGUUCGUGCUUCCUACGCUGAAGAUCCUGUAGAUGUCUCUCUUAUUCUUGAUGGCAAGGAGGUUGUGACUGGAUGUGGAAAUACUGCAAAGGCAUGUACACUGCUAAUGGGUCUGAUAUAUUCCCUCAAUCUUGCUUAUCCUCCAACACUGUGUUACACUUUUGAAGUGUUCCAGAAGCUUUUCUUAGAUUUAGACGCAAUAAAGCUAUCCUCCAAAGUACAAACUCUGAAAAUGAAGUUGCUGUCCAAAACUUAAAAGAUGACAUUUUAUUCAGCUUUGUUCAGCUUGGUAUGCCAUUGCCAUUAUAGCAGUUUAUGUUAUAAAGUUGUAUUGUUAUUGUGUAACUCUUGCACAUGCUUCAAAGUUGUUAAUUGUUCAUGAAUGUUAAUACAGUUGCAAAACCUAUGCAGCCAUUUCUCACAGCUGUGCCUUCAGAAAGGACUUUAAGUUUAUAAUAGUAUGACAACAAGAAUUGCUGAUGUG